AUGUGCGGCUCUCCCCAACAUAGCAACUUUGAUGCACCGAUUGCCAUUUUUAUGCCCGGUCUCACCGGAGACAGUCAGGCUGAGUACAUCAAAACAAUGGUUCCCAUUGCUGCUGCAAAAGGCUUCAGGGUUUGUACAAUCAACUACCGUGGUCUGGGCAAUACCCGUCUACUGACGCCACGAUUAUACUGUGCGGCAAACGACGAGGACCUGCGCGCAGCCUUGCUGCACAUUCGCGCCAUGAAUCCUCAGAAUAAGAUUGUCGCAGUCGGCGUUUCACUGGGCGGCAUAAUCAUUGCGCGCUACCUUAUCAGCACUGGCAUGGCGGCGCUCAUCGACGCCAGCUUUCUCAUCUCAGUGGUGUGGAAUUUUAAGGACGUCGCCGAGCAGAUGGAGAAGGGUUUAAAUUACCCGCUAACCAAGCUUCUGACGAAUGCCCUCAUUAGUAUCGUCGAUGAGCAUCAGCACUGGUUUGAGGGUCGAGUUGAUCUAGAGGCAGUCAGAAGGGCAAGAAGCAUCACUGAGUUCGAUUCAGCUUUCACAUGUCCCAUAUACAACUUCAAGAGCCCUGGGGAGUACUACAAAGAGGCCAGUCACAAGGGCAAAAUUGCCGCCAUAAAGGUGCCAACCUUCUGCAUCAAUGCGGCGGAUGACAUGUUUGCGCCAGGAGACACCUUGCCAGUUGACGAAGUGGCCGAGAGUUCGCACGUGGCGAUGCUGGUCACUGCUCGAGGUGGCCACAUCGGCUUCAUGGAGGGCCUCACCGGACACAUCGGUCGUCGACCCUUUCCCGGCUAUUCGGAGCGAAUCCUUGAUCAGUACCUCGGAGCAUUGUGCAGACUGGACAACUGGAAGGUCAUCAACUGA